GAUACAUGAUUCUACAAAAUUUAUCGAUACCAACAUCAGUAUCGAUAGGUAAACUUAAAAAAUUGUAAAGAGGUUUUUAAUUGUUAAACUCGUGAAUUAGAUCAACUCAAUCGCCAAAAACCAUGAGUAAAUCAGAUUCGAAAUCGUUGCAAAAGUUAUUAUUAGACAAUCUGCCUGACAGUGAAAACUAUGAACGAAGUUUUAUGCAUUUGGAUACUAUAACUCAUGUUAUUGUUACUCGCUCAACUGAUUUUCUUAUUACAGCUUCAUCUGACGGUGUUAUCAAGUUUUGGAAAAAGGUACCUGAACAUAUUGAAUUCGUUAAACAUUACAAAGCUCAUCGUGGACCCAUUAUUCAUAUUGCUGCCUCAUGCGAUGGAGCUUUCCUUGUAUCUAUAUCAAAAGACUUGACUAUGGAUAUUUUUGAUGUCAUCAAUUUUGAUAUGAUUAACCUUUUCACUCUGGAUUUUAUGCCUCUAACAUGUGAAUGGAUUUACGCGCCGGGUGAUGCUUUGCAAGCCCUUGCUCUUUCACGAGAAGAUAAACCAGAUAUUUACAUUUACGAUGGCAAAGAAAGUAAAGUGCCUAUAAAAAAGCUGGAAAAAAUUCAUUCAGCGCCAGUUGUUCUUAUAAGAUUCAAUCAGGUGUAUUCAACAGUUAUUUCAGUAGAUAAGUCAUCAAUGAUUGAAUAUUGGUCUUCUGCUAAACAUGAUUAUACUUUCCCAGAUGACCGAGUAGACUUCAAAUACAAAACUGAUACUGAUUUAUAUGAGCUUGCUAAAGCUGAAACAGCCAUCCAUGACUUAGCUUUCACUGAUAAUGGACUCCAUUUUGCAACCUUGUCCUCAGAUCGUAAAGUUCGUCUUUUUAAAUUCAAAACUGGAAAAGUUAUCCGGAUAUUUGAUGAAAGUUUGUCCGUGUUUAGUAGUUUGCAGGCAGAGAAAAAGAUAUUACCACCUUAUGAGUACAAUCGAAGGAAAGCACUUGAAGAGGAAUUGGAACGAUCAGAAGCUUUCACUCACCAAACUGUUUGUUUUGAUAAAAGUGGAACUUUUUUAAUAUACCCAACUCCAGUCGGGAUCAAAGUUGUUGCAUGGUCUACCAACCGUUGUCAUCGAGUGCUCGGUAAAGGAGAAAAUUUCCGUCCUAUUGGUUUAGCUUUAUAUCAAGGUAUUCCAAAUAAACCUGAUGGCGCUGCAACUUUGAGCAGUUUAACAGCUGAGAAUCAAAAUUUAACUGCAAGAUCUCAGGCUGAUCCUUCAUUAUUUGUCACCGGCUUCAAGAAAGGCCGUUUUUAUAUUUUUACUAGACGAGAUCCAGAAGCUAAUGAGGAUGGUGUCGGGGAACGAGACAUAUUCAAUGAAAAACCUCCAAAAGAAGUGAUGAUUGCAGCGAUGGAAUCUUCAGUCAGAUCUCGAAUAUUUGAAGCAGCUGUGAUUCAUACAACUAUGGGUGAUAUUCAUGUUAAAUUGUUUCCUAAGGAAGCUCCUAAAGCAGUUGAAAAUUUUUGUGUACAUUCCAAAAAUGGUUAUUACAAUGGUCAUAUAUUUCAUAGAGUUAUAAAACAAUUCAUGAUUCAAACUGGUGACCCAACAGGAACGGGAACCGGAGGAGAAUCGAUUUGGGGACAUGAUUUUGCCGAUGAAUUUAAUCCAUCAUUGAAACACGAUAAACCUUAUACUUUAAGCAUGGCCAAUGCAGGGCCCAAUACAAAUGGAUCUCAAUUUUUCAUAACAGUUAUACCAUGUCCAUGGCUCGACAAUAAACAUACUAUAUUUGGUCGAGUUGUGAAAGGAAUGGAAACUUGUCAAAACAUCAGUAAAGUCAAAACUAAUCAACAAGAUAAACCAUACGAUGACAUAAAAAUCAUAAACAUUGCAUUGAAAUAAUGUUACUCUUAUCAACAAUAUGGUUUCUAAGACUUCAAAUGGCCAUUGUUAGGAGUAAACAAAAGGAUUCUUUAGCCAUUUUUAAUUCAUAAGCUGAGUUCCAUUAUUGUUCAAAAACGCAUGUAUUUUCUACUGGAUUUAUUGGAUUGGUGGGCUAUUGAGACCUGCUUCUAGUUUCAAGAAAACUAGAACAAAUCCAAUCCAAUCAAUAACCACCAAAGAAAAUAUUUUUAUUAAAAUGUCAGACAUUGCGUCACAAAGAUUGAAGAAAGAACUUCAAGAAAUGAGAAGUCAUCCUGAUUUCGCGGAAAACCGUUUUACAAUUGAUACCGUUGAUGAUGAUUUAUUUCAUAUGGUAGCAAGUAUUGCUGGUCCACCAGAUACGCCUUAUUCCGAUGGUAUGUUCCAAGUGGACAUUAAACUGACAAAAAAGUACCCUUUUGCACCGCCAGCAGUUAGAUUCAUCACUCAUGUAUGGCAUCCAAAUAUUUCAAGUAUCACUGGUUGUAUCUGUCUUGAUAUUUUGGAUGACAAUUGGGCAGCUGCUUUAACCAUCCGUGGAGUGUUAUUAUCUCUUCAAUCACUUCUCCAAGAUCCUGAACCUAAUAAUCCGUUGGACUCAUCAGUUGCUACUCAAUAUAAAAAUAACCCUAAUCUCUUUCGGAAAACCGCUCGUUACUGGACAAUAGUUUUUGCAUCAAAAGAUUCCAAAAAACGAUCUAACUUCAGUGAAUUUGAGACCAAACUUCAAUCACUUAGAGAAAUGCUGCCCCAAAAACCUGAGCAUUCACUUAUUUCUGCCCUAUCAUGUAAUAGUUGGAAUGUUCUUGCUGCAUUCGAUGCUUUGACGUAACUAUUCGUUUCAUCUUUUUCACCAAAACAAACCAUUCAUCAACAAUUCAAUCAACAAUUAUUCAUCUGUGAUAUCUAUUUGUAUCAAUAAAAUACAUAAAGAUCUUAAUAUCAAAA